GUAGGAAAGAGACUUGAGAGUCUGUAUACAUCGGACAAUGAUGCUGUAUACUUGCCGUGGCCGUCACGAGAGGGCCAACCCCAGGCGCAUAUAAGAAGCUCGAAAGCUGCAAGUUCUCUGGCAUUAAAGUAACAAGUCAACUCAUCUUUCUCUAACCGGAGACACUUUCUUCAAGCGUUCUUUCCCCCUCAAAAGUUCAACAUGGCCAUCACCGAGCCCAUUCUCGUUGCGGAGUCUCUCCCAACCAUCGAGCUUGACCUUCUCCGAGCAGACAAUGAAACGGAGAACAAGAGACUCCUCAGCGUCUGCCAGAACUAUGGCUUCUUCUACCUCAACAUGACCAGCGAUCCCGAGCUCUGCCAGCUUUGGGAAGACAUGCUGUCCAUCAUGAAGGAGUACUUCGAGCAGCCUCUUGAUAUCAAGAUGCAGGAUGCUCGCAACGAUGACAACUUCGGCUACGAGCCCAUGGGCACCGAAGAAGGCCCCAAGCCCAAGACCCGAGACGGCUAUGAGUCCCUCAAGUUCUCCCGCCGCGAAUACCUCAAGAACUCAACCGACCUCACAACCAGCAUCCGCACCAAAUCCACCCCCUUCUUCAACUUCAUCAACCAAGCCCACACCAUCACCCUCCUAAUCCUCUCACGCCUCUCCACCCAACUCGGACUCACCGGCUCCUCCCGCUUCGAAACCUACCACGCCGACCCCGGCCCGUCCACCUCAACCCUCGGUAUCCUACGCUACCCCAAGCAUGAGUCCGGAAUCAGCGAGCCCACCAGCGUCGGCCACAACCAGCACACCGACGUCGGCACGUUGACCUUCUUGCUCGCGGCGCAAUGGGGUCUGCAGUACUGUUCUCCCCAAACCAAGCGCUGGGAAUUUAUCGAGCCUCGCCCCGGCCACGCUAUCAUCAACGUGGGCGAUAGUCUUCGCUUCCCGUCGGGUGGGGAGCUGGCGAGUGUGGUACAUCGUGUUGUGCCGUUGAAGGAAACGCAGGAGGAGGAUCGUUACAGCAUUGCGUAUUUCUUGAGACCGAAUGAUGAUGUUACUUUUAGGGAUGCUACGGGCAAGAUGUGGUCUGCGAAGGAGUGGCAUGAUUUUAAAUUCGAUGUGUUCAAGAGUCCCAGUACGUUGGAUGCUAAGGGGAGGUUUUUGACGGGGAUGAUGUUGGAGGAGGAGAGGGGGAGGUGGGUUGGUGUUGCUGGUGAGGGAGGUGUGGCUGUUGCUGUUUGA